CAACAUACAAAAAAACAACUACAUUAACACAAACAAGUUCAUCAAACAUCUCAAAAAACAUCUAAAGACAAACCGUACAUAGUACUUUUGUUCUGUUCUUUUUUGCAAUACCAACCAAACCAAAACAGAAAAAAAAAAACACAUCCAUCAUCAAUGGCAUCUGAGCAACUAUCUCGCAGAGAAAACAUCACAGCCGAGAGAAAGAUUCACAGCGUGGAAGACAAUGUCCCUCAAAGGACAACCCACUUCGAGCGUAGAGAGACUCGCGAACUUGCACCAAACAUUCAGUCUCUCCCUCGCAACGAGAAUCAAACUUACCUUGAUCGUAGUGCACGUGUUCCUCUGAAUGCAAAUGUAUCGGAAAGCUACCUUGAUCGUGCAGGUGUUCCUUUGAAUGCAAAUUUAGCAGGUGAUAGAGAGAAAAUCGAUACACGAUCUAGAGCGGUUACUGGAACACCUCACAUUAAGGAAGCAUUGGGAAAAGGACAAGUUAUGGGAGAGAGAGGAAGAGUACUUGGUGCUGAAAAUCAAGGUGUGAGAUUGGAGAGAAGUGCUGCGGAGGAAAGAGAGAGAGCAAGAGAAAGAGCCAAAGAGGAAGAAGAGAAAAGGUUAACAUUGGAAGAGAUAUCGAAGUAUAGAAACCAAGCUCAACAAAGUUCAAUGGAAGCGCUUGCAGCAGCACAAGAGAAAUACGAAAGAGCAAAACAAGCAACAAACGAAACACUGAGUAAUACAGCACAAACAGCACAACAGAAAGCAGCACAAGCCAAAGAUGCAACUAUGGAAAAGAGCCAGCAAGGUUAUGAAGCAACGAAAAACACAGUUUCAAAUGCUGCAAAAACUGCGGCGGAGUAUGCUACUCCUGCAGCGGAGAAAGCCAAGUGUGCAGCUGUUCAGGCAAAGGAUAUUACUCUGGAAACUGGGAAGACAGCGGCUGAGAAAGCCAAGUGUGCCGCGGGGAUAGCCGCCAAAGUGGCAGUUGAUUUGAAGGAGAAGGCCACUGUGGCAGGGUGGACUGCGUCACAUUAUGCUACACAGUUGACAGUGGAUGGAACUAAGGCUGUGGCGAAUGCCGUUGAAGGAACUGUUGGAUAUGUUGCACCUAAGGCUUCUGAGCUUGCAGCAAAGUCAGUGGAAACUGUUAAGGGUUUGGCUUCUUCUGCUGGUGAGACUGCAAAGGAGUAUACUGCUAGGAAGAAAGAAGAAUCAUGGCGUGAAUAUGAGGCCAAAAGGGCUACUCAACUUCAGGAAGGUGAAGAAAUCUUGCCAUCAAAUGUGAGCAACUAUACACAAAAAGUGACACCAAGUGGAGAAAGAACUCAAGCACAAGGAACCAAUCUUCAAGAGAAGGUACAAGGAAAAGGAAGUGAUAUAUUAGGAGCUGUGACUGAAACUGUGAGUGACAUUGGAAGUAGCAUGAUUAAACCUAUAGAUAAUGCUGCUAAUACUAAAGUUAAGGAACAUGGUGGCACUACUACUAUUACUCAAAAGGGACAAGAUGCUGGUGGUGGUGUUUUGGAUGCUAUUGGUGAAACUAUAGCUGAGAUUGCACAGACAACUAAAGCCAUUGUUGUUGGUGAAGAUGAUCAAGUUGAAAAGUCAAUGCAGAAGAAUAUUGGGUCAGAUUCUCACUCUCUUGAUCGUGCCAAGCAUGAAGGAUAUAGAGCACCAACAAAAAAUCUUUGAAGACAAUGAAUGUGUUUGUUUGAUGCAGAGGUUUAGUAUUAUGUUAAUCUUAAUUAGCUGUCACUGAAAAAGUUCAAUGUUUUGUGGUUUUGUUUUAUGAAGUUGUGUGAAUAAAUUGCAAUCUCAUUCUUGAGAUUGUCAAUAAUAGCAAGUAUAUCUUCUUAUGUUAA